CACUGAGUUGUACACCAAGAUGUCUCAACUCUUGACAAGUAUGGCCACCAUCAUGGAUAUUUUCUACACAUACUGUGGCAAAGAUGAGGAGUGUGACACAAUGAACCAAAGUGAACUGAAGGAAUUUCUGGAAAAAGAGUUGCAGUUUAUUCUGAAGAAUCCAGAUGAUCCUGAAACCAUAGAUAUAAUGAUGCGUAAUAUGGAUCUAGAUCAUAAUAAGAAAAUAGACUUCCCAGAGUUCCUACUGCUGGUAUUCAAGCUGAUAAUGAUUUUAAACAAAACCUUCAAGAAGGAGUACUGCCAAAGUCAUACAGAAGAGCAGAGUGAAAAAGAAGAGGAAGAAGAAUCAGAUUCCAGCAAGUCAAGUAGGAAUAGCAAACAGGGACGAAAGAAACAAAAUUCAAGGACAAGGCACUCAAGAAGACAUAGAGGGAAAGAAUAUGAAUCUGACUCUGAGAACUCAAGUCAGCAUCGUGGAAAAAAAUGCAGAUCCAAAAAGAAUCAAGAAGAUGACUUAAAGAAACAAAAAAGUUCAGAAUCUGACUCAGAUCAUUCUCCAAGUUCUAAGCAACAGGGCUCUAGAACAAGUCACUCUUCCAGUUCUGGGAGACAUAGUUCAGGUUCAAGUCAAUCCUCAAAAUCUGGUAAACAUGAGUCAGGUUCAGGUCAGUCAUCAAGCAGCAAGGGACAUGGAUCUAGUUCAAGUGGCAAGUCAAACAGUUCUGGAGGAAGAGGACAUAGCUCCAGUUCCCACCAAUCCUCCAGUUCUGAUAGCCUUGGAUCAGGCUCAGGGUCUGGCUCUGACUCUGGCUCUGGCUCUGAAUCUGACUCACAGUGUGGCUCUGAUCACUCUUCAGGCUCUAAGCAACAGAGAUCUAGAUCAGGUCAUUCCUCCAGCUCUGGCAAACAUGGUUCAAGUUCAGGUCAAUCCUCCUCUCAGAGAAGACAUAGGACUCAAUCGGGGGAGGAAUCAGAAAGCAGUGGAGGAAAAAGAAGCAGUUCUGCUUCACAUAAGUCCUCUAGCUCAGGGAAAUGUGGCUCUGGCUCUGGAUCCAGUCAGUCCUCUAAAUCUGGCAAACAUGAGUCAGGUUCAGGUCAUUCAUCAAGCAGCAAGGGACAUGGAUCUAGUUCAGGUGGAAAGUCAAACAGCUCUGGAGGAAGAGGACAUAGCUCCAGUUCCUCCACUUCUCAGAGACAUCGCUCUGGCUCUGGCUCUGGAUCUGGCUCUAGCUCUGGUUCUGAAUCCUGUUCAUGCUCAGGCUCAGAAUCUGGCUCAGGUCACUCCUCAGGCUCUAAGCAACAGGGAUCCAGAUCAGGCCAUUCCUCCAGCUCUGGAAGACAUGGUUCAACCUCGGGCCAAUCCUCCUCUCAGAGAAGACACAGGUCCAGCUCAGGGGAGGAAUCAGUGAGCUCUGGCCAGAAAGGACAUAGUAGUUCCAGUUCCCAUCAGUCCUCUAGCUCUAGCCAGUAUGGCUCAGGAUCAGGGCGGUCAUCUAGCAGCAAGGGACAUGGAUCUAGUUCAGGGAAACAUUCAGGAAGCUCUGGAGCCAAGGGAGGCAGUUCCAGCUCCCAUCAAUCCUCCAGCUCUGGCCAAUAUGGCUCUGGCUCUAAAAGCUCUGGCUCUGGAUCCUGUUCAGGAUCAGGCUCAGGCUCAGGCUCAGGUUCAGGCUCCAGUAAGUCCUCUAGCUCUGGCCAAUAUGGCUCUGGUUCUAAAAGCUCUGGCUCUGGAUCCUGUUCGGGAUCGGGCUCAGGCUCAGGCUCAGGCUCAGGCUCAGGCUCAGGCUCAGGCUCCAGCAAGUCCUCUAUCUCUGGCCAAUAUGGCUCUGGCUCUAAAAGCUCUGGCUCUGGAUCCUGUUCAGGCUCAGGCUCAGGCUCAGGCUCAGGCUCAGGCUCAGGCUCAGGCUCAGGCUCAGGCUCAGGCUCUAGUAAGUCCUCUAUGUCUGGCCAAUAUGGCUCUGGCUCUAAAAGUUCUGGCUCUGGAUCCUGUUCAGGCUCAGGCUUAGGCUCAGGCUCAGGCUCAGGCUCAGGCUCAGGCUCAGGCUCAGGCUCAGGCUCAGGCUCUAGUAAGUCCUCUAUCUCUGGCCAAUAUGGCUCUGGCUCUAAAAGCUCUGGCUCUGGCUCAGGAUCUAGCUCAGGCUCAGGCUCAGGCUCAGGCUCCAGUAAGUCCUCUAUCUCUGGCCAAUAUGGCUCUGGCUCUAAAAGCUCUGGCUCUGGCUCAGGAUCUAGCUCAGGCUCAGGCUCAGGCUUAGGCUCUAGUAAGUCCUCUAUCUCUGGCCAAUAUGGCUCUAGCUCUAAAAGCUCUGGCUCUGGAUCCUGUUCAGGCUCAGGCUCAGGCUCAGGCUCAGGCUCAGGCUCAGGCUCAGGCUCAGGCUCAGGCUCAGGCUCCAAUAAGUCCUCUAGCUCUGGUCAAUAUGGCUCAGGUUCAGGUCACUCAUCAAGCAGCAAGGGACAUGGGUCUAGUUCAGGUGGCAAGUCAAACAGCUCUGGAGGAAGAGGACAUAGUUCCAGUUCCUCCACUUCUCAGAGACAUCGCUCUGGCUCUGGCUCUGGAUCUGGCUCUGGAUCCUGUUCAUGCUCAGGCUCAGAAUCUGCCUCAGAAUCUGGCUCAGGUCACUCUUCAGGCUCUAAGCAACAGGGAUCCAGAUCAGGCCAUUCCUCCCGCUCUGGCAGACAUGGUUCAAGCUCAAGCCAAUCCUCUCAGAGAGGACACAGGUCCAGCUCAGGGGAGGAAUCAGUGAGCUCUGGCCAGAAAGGACAUAGUAGUUCCAGUUCCCAUCAGUCCUCUAGCUCUAGCCAGUAUGGCUCAGGAUCAGGGCAGUCAUCUAGCAGCAAGGGACAUGGAUCUAGUUCAGGGAAACAGUCAGGAAGCUCUGGAGCCAAGGGAGGCAGUUCCAGCUCCCAUCAGUCCUCUAGCUCUGGAAAAUAUGGUUCUGGCUCUGGCUCUGGAUCAUGUUCAGGCUCAGGCUCAGGCUCAAGCUCCAGUAAGUCUCCUAGCUCUGGUCAGUGUGGAUCAGGAUCAGAUCAGUCAUCAAGUAGCAAAGGGCAUAGAUCUAGUUCAAAAGGCAAGAUAGGCAUUCCUGCAAGAGAAGGAGAUAGUUCCAGUUCACACCAAUCUUCCAGCUCUGGGCAACAUAGCUCAGGCACUGGCUCUGACUAUGGCUAUGGCUAUGGCAGUAGUCAGUCCUCUAUCUCUGGUCAGUGUGGAUCAGGAUCAGAUCAGUCAUCAAGUAGCAAAGGGCAUGGUUCUAGUUCAGGAAAAGAAUCUGAAAGCUGUGGAAGUAAAGGAGAGAGAUUUGAAUCAUAUUAGUUUUCUAGCUCAAAAAAGUAUGUCUCUGGUUCUGGUUGUAUUUACUUUGCUAACUUAUCAACAAAGAUCUAGUUUAGGUCAGUAAUCAAGUAGCAGGAGACAUGGAUCCAAUUCAAGUUGCAAGUCAGAAAGUUCUGGUGGUCAAGAGAGUAUUUCACAUGUAAAACCUUUUUCAGAUUGCUUGCAUUUUAAGUGAAGAGACAACAUAGGGAGGAAGGGAAUGAAUUUGGAUUGCAAAAUGUCAAAAACAAAUCUUAAAAAUUGUCUCUACGUGCAAUUGGGAAAAACACAAUAAAAUAUAAGAUAUUUUUUUAAGUAUCUCUUACUUUUUAAGUGAUAGUGAAGUCACAGGUGCUAUUUCCCUCCAAACCACAAGAAACAAAUUUAAUGAUUGGUUCAUCACUCUAUACAAUGCACAAAUAGUCAAGCAAUGUUGAUUUCAGCAUAAAGAGAGAACAGGAAUCUUGCUAUAAGUUGCCACAUUCUAGUUCUAAAUGAUCCAUGUUCUUCUUCUAGUUAACCAGAUGCAGUGGCUAAUAUACACUAUAUUUCCAUGAUUCUUCUUAGUAAUAGGUAUCCAUUUAUGGGAAGGGACCUAUUCAUUUUUUCACUCCACCUUUCAUAUAUUUUUGAUAAUUACUAUAUCAUAGAGUAUGAAUGGUAUUACUUAAUUAUAUGCCCUCAGGAGCCUGACCAAUGAAAUUAGCAAAGAAAUGAAAAACACAAGCUGUGACCCACUCUUUCAUUAUAACACUUCUAGUAUCAGAGACUCUUUUUUUUAAUCAUUCUUUCAUUCAGCAUAGAAUUUUAUGAUUUAAUUUCUAUUUGCUCUUGAUUUCUUCUAGCUAUGCUAUUUAGUAAUAUAGCUUAUAGAUUCCUUUAUUAGCAUAUUGUGAAAGGCAUACAUUAAAUGAGGUAAUUAUCCCUGUAAUUGAUUAGGAAAUCAAAUUAGUAAGUUUCUUGGGUGCUUGGCAUAAUAAUGGGAUUAUUCUUCAUUUGAGAACUCAAUUUAUGUAAAUUGACGGAUAUGGUUGAUCAAUAAUCUCCAGAUCACUAAAGAUAAUUGACUAGAUUCUCAGUCCUGAAAGCCAAGUUUGUAUUUCUAUCCUAUUGUUCCAUGCUGUGGGAAAAUGGGUGUGGACCAUCAAAGAAAAAAGAAGAGAUGCAUCUUCAGCAUUUUUAAAGCUCAUUAUGGUCACCAAACCCUGAUUCCUUUAAAGCAUCUUAGAUAAGCAAAUCAACAAUUUAAAAGGGAAACUGGCACCAUGCCUUUCUCCAGCAGAAGUUGAUAAUGUGGUUAUAGUUGAAAGACAGAAAUUUCUCUGAUACUGUUCCAAAGAGCAGAAAUGUGAACUCUAACAACAUUAACAGAUUAACAGAAACAAUUGCAGACUGGAUAGAAAAUCAGAAAAUUAUUCAUGGACCUCUGGCAUUAGACUACUUCUUCCCUUCAUCAGCCUUUUUUCCCUAAAGAGCAUUAUCUAUAAGGAAUAUAUUGUUAUUGUAGCUCUUAUAAUUCAUUGCAUCAACCUCAAGAUUACUGAACCUUCCUUUAGGACAUUUGGUAAAUUUUCAAAACUGAAUUUCACUGAA